UAAUCAUUUUCAAAGUAUAAAGAAUUACAUUCUUAGCAGUCUUUUCUUCUUAGAGCUAUCCGUAAAGUGAAUAUGUUGGUACUUUGAUUUUUGUCUGGUUGGUUGUUUUGAGAUUUCCCUAGGAUAAAAAUCUAGUAAAUAGAAUUACUAGGUCAAAAUAUAUGAGUAUUUUUAUUACCAAAAUGCUUUUCUAAAGAGUCGUAAUAAUUUAUGCUGCUUUUGCUGCUUUUGUUACUGUUUGUACCAGCUUUAGCCUAAUAACCUCAUCAGAUGAGAUAUUAUCUCUUAGUUUUGUGGAAAAGUUUAAUUUCUAUAAAUUUGUGUCCCCAUUUUUGCCAGCAUGUGUUUGAUCAUGGUUGCAGGUGGGUGUUUUUAUAGCUUGCAUGGCUAAUAUGGGGCAGCUUGAACCCUCAGAGAGCAGACUUGUUGGAUCUGCGGCAUUCUGGUGGACUUCCUAUCCUCUACACCACUGACUCUUCAAAUUCUGGCUGAGUUGGUUCCUUAAGCUGGUCUGUGGGCUCCCAAGCCAGGGAGCAAGCCAGCACCAUCAGCACAUCAUCUUCUUCUAAAGGCCUAGUUGUACUGAGACGCCUGUUAGUCACUGAGAGGGAUCUAGGCUCUGCCAGUCUGCAAACUGGACAUAGAAUUUGAAAUAUCAAAUCAAGUCACUGGGCAAAUCUUUGUGUCUGAUCUACUUAGGAAGAUCCCAUGUUUGCACACACAUAAAGCAAAUAACAUAGAUAUUCCACGUGUGACCUGUCAACUCCAGUCUAGCAAAUUUCAAGAGUCCUUUCUAAAAUGCUUCUCCAUCUGUGAGCGUCUUGCUGCUGUUGCCAGAAGGACAGACUGGAUUCUAGGGGGCAUUCCAUACCACACCUCUCUGUUUACUAUGAAUUCUUUUCUUGUUUAACUUGUCUGAGCCUCAGUUUACAGAAAGGCGCACUGAUACUUCUUAGAGCAUGGUGAAGAUGAAAUCCAUUAACAUUUAUGUAAAGCACUGGGUACAGUGUGUGACUUGUGUCAGACAUGCAGUAAAUAGGCAGUAACCGUAGUUAGUAUAGAUCUGAUACAAAUGUUUGUCAGGAUUUUUGAAAACCUGGAUUUGGGUGCUUCUUGUUCAAUUUGUGGUACAGUGAAAGAAACGAACAUGGGCGUUAGAACCAAAAGAAUUUGAGUUUUAGAGUAUCAGCUCCAGUUUAUCCUAGAAGAGUGAUUUUUGGCAGAUUACAUAAUUUAGCUAGUUUUAUUUUCCUUGUCCAUAAGUUGAAAUAUAUGUAAAACCACACAGUGCCUAACAUGUAGAGUAAAUAGUAAUUAUUAUGGCAUCAAUAGCACAUACCUUAGAUAGUGGUUAAAGGCAAAUUUACUAAGUUUUGUUUUUACUGAGUGGAGAAAAGCCAACGAAUUCUCUGCUCUAAGGAAGACUUGUGGAGAAGAUCACAUUUCAGGAGCUCUUGAGAUUAUGAGAGCUGGGUGACCUGACAUGGUAGGAGGAUUUGUGGCCCUAGGGGUGCGUCAGAGAAGGCUUCACGGUGAGGGGGGUGGUGGCACAGGGGCUGAGCAGGUUUGCUGGAGAGGGCGGAGAGGAGCAGAAAGUGGCUUGGGAACGGCCAGAGGGCUUCAAGGCAGGUGGAGAGGGCAGCACUGUCCAAGUCACAGGUGAAGAAAAGCUGUCCCAGGUGGUUAGUGCUAGGAAGAGACCUUCUGCAGGUGCUGCUCUGGUCCAAGAGAGAUGACAAUGGCACUGGCAUGGCUGGAGGGGUAAAGGGCAGAUACGCCUCCACAGAAGGUGGAGAAGUAGCAGGAUUAGGUUCCAUCAAUGCAAAGAGGAGAGGAGGAGGUGAGUGUGGGGUUGUUCUGAAGCUAAAAAACUUGGACUGUCUGAGAGAUGAUCAUGGUUUUCCUUGAGAAUGGGAAGUGGGUGAGUUGAAGAAAGGACAGUUUUGUCAUUGAAAAUGAGUUGGUGACUGCCUAAGAAUAAAUAUAUUUUGUCAUCUUUAUAGAAAUUAUUCCAGGCACAUGUGACACUGCUCCAAGUCUUUAUAUGCAGAAGUGACCGUUUCGUCUCCCCACUACCACCUACGGAGGGCUACAGACCUUGUCUUCUGUCUCUGCUGGUCAUUGAAACCAUUGCGGAGGGCUGUUGGCCUGCUGCUGUGCUGCUGAACAGUAUGCAGUCCUUUCGGGAGCAAAGCAGUUACCACGGAAACCAGCAGAGCUACCCACAGGAGGUACACAGCUCAUCCCGGAUAGAAGAGUUCAGCCCUCGUCAGGCCCAGAUGUUCCAGAAUUUUGGGGGUGCAGGUGGUGGUAGUGGUGGCAGUGGUGGCAGCAGUGGUGGUGGACGGCGAGGAGCAGCAGCUGCUGCAGCAGCCAUGGCUAGUGAAACCUCUGGCCAUCAGGGCUACCAGGGUUUUAGGAAGGAGGCUGGAGACUUCUACUACAUGGCAGGCAACAAAGACCCCGUGGCAACAGGAACCCCGCAGCCUCCUCAGCGAAGGCCUUCUGGGCCUGUGCAGAGCUAUGGACCCCCCCAGGGGAGCAGCUUUGGCAAUCAGUAUGGGAGUGAGGGUCACGUGGGCCAGUUUCAAGCACAGCACUCUGCCCUUGGUGGUGUGUCUCAUUAUCAGCAGGAUUACACGGGGCCUUUCUCUCCAGGGAGUGCUCAGUACCAACAGCAGGCCUCCAGCCAACAGCAGCAGCAGCAAGUACAGCAGUUGAGACAACAGCUUUACCAGUCCCAUCAGCCUCUGCCACAAGCCACUGGCCAGCCAGCAUCCGGCUCUUCCCAUCUGCAACCAAUGCAGCGGCCCUCGACUCUACCAUCCUCUGCUACUGGUUACCAGUUAAGAGUAGGUCAGUUUGGCCAACACUACCAGUCUUCUGCCGCCUCCUCUUCCUCCUCCUCCUUCCCUUCACCACAGCGUUUCAGCCAGUCUGGGCAGAGCUAUGAUGGCAGUUACAGUGUGAAUGCUGGAUCCCAGUAUGAAGGACAUAAUGUGGGUUCUAAUGCACAGGCUUAUGGAACACAGUCAAAUUAUAGCUAUCAGCCUCAAUCCUUGAAAAAUUUUGAACAAGCAAAGAUUCCACAAGGGACCCAGCAGGGGCAGCAGCAGCAGCAGCAACAACAACAGCAACAACAACAACAACAACAACAACAGCAACAGCAGCAGCAGCAACAACAACAGCAGCAGCAGCAGCAGCAGCAGCAGCAGCAGCACCCUCCUCAGCAUGUGAUGCAGUACAGCAACACUGCCACCAAACUGCCCCUGCAAAGCCAGGUGGGGCAGUACAGCCAGCCCGAGGUUCCUGUGAGGUCCCCCAUGCAGUUUCACCAGAACUUCAGCCCCAUUUCUAACCCUUCCCCAGCUGCCUCUGUGGUUCAGUCUCCAAGCUGUAGCUCUACCCCAUCUCCUCUUAUGCAGAGUGGGGAGAAUCUCCAGUGUGGGCAAGGCAAUGUGCCCGUGGGUUCCAGAAACAGAAUUUUACAGUUAAUGCCUCAACUCAGCCCAACGCCAUCAAUGAUGCCCAGUCCUAAUUCUCAUGCUGCAGGCUUCAAAGGGUUUGGACUAGAAGGAGUGCCAGAAAAGCGACUGACAGAUCCUGGGUUGAGUAGUUUGAGUGCCCUGAGUACUCAAGUGGCCAAUCUUCCUAAUACUGUCCAGCACAUGCUACUUUCUGAUGCCCUGACACCUCAGAAGAAGACCUCUAAGAGGCCCUCCUCAUCCUCUAAGAAAGCAGACAGCUGCACAAACUCCGAAGGCUCCUCACAGCCUGAAGAACAGCUGAAGUCCCCCAUGGCAGAGUCACUGGAUGGAGGCUGCUCCAGCAGUUCUGAAGACCAAGGCGAGAGAGUGAGGCAGCUAAGUGGCCAGAGCACCAGCUCUGACACCACCUACAAGGGUGGAGCCUCCGAGAAAGCUGGCUCCUCACCAGCACAAGGCGCUCAGAAUGAAGCCCCCAGACUCAGUGCCAGUCCUGCAGCCAGAGAAGAGGCUGCCUCGCCUGGUGCUAAGGAUGCAUCAUUGUCAUCUGAGGGCAACCCAAAAGUCAAUGAGAAGACAGUUGGGGUGAUUGUCUCCCGGGAAGCCAUGACAAGUCGAGUAGAAAAGCCCAGUGGACAAGAUAAAGGCUCCCAGGAGGAUGAUCCUACAGCCACUCAAAGGCCACCCAGCACUGGCGGAGCAAAGGAAACCAGUCACACAUCACUUCCCCAGCCAGACCCUCCGGGAGGAGGGAGCAAAGGAAACAAGAAUGGAGAUAACUCCAACCACAAUGGAGAUGGCAAUGGCCAGAGCGGGCACUCCGCAGUGGGCCCUGGUUUUAUAGGCAGAACUGAGCCUAGCAAAUCUCCUGGAAGCCUACGCUAUAGUUACAAAGAUAGUUUUGGGUCAGCCAUGCCAAGAAAUGUCAGUGGCUUUCCUCAGUACCCUACAGGACAAGAUAAGGGGGAUUUCAGUGGCCACGGGGAGCGAAAGGGUAGAAAUGAGAAGUUCCCCAGCCUCCUGCAGGAAGUGCUUCAGGGUUACCACCACCACCCUGACAGGAGAUACUCUAGGAGUGCUCAGGAGCAUCAGGGCAUGGCGGGGAGCCUAGAAGGAGCCACGAGGCCUAAUGUCUUAGUUAGUCAAACCAAUGAAUUAGCUAGCAGGGGCCUUUUGAACAAAAGCAUUGGGUCCCUAUUAGAAAACCCCCACUGGGGCCCUUGGGAAAGGAAAUCAAGCAACACGGCUCCUGAAAUGAAACAGAUCAAUUUGGCUGACUAUCCAAUUCCCAGAAAGUUUGAAAUAGAGCCUCAGUCAUCAGCCCAUGAGCCCGGGGGUUCCCUCUCUGAAAGAAGAUCAGUGAUCUGUGAUAUUUCUCCACUAAGACAGAUUGUCAGGGACCCGGCAGCUCACUCAUUGGGACACAUGGGCACUGAUACCAGACUUGGGAGGAAUGAACGUCUCAAUCCAAGUUUAAGUCAGUCGGUCAUUCUUCCAGGUGGGUUGGUGUCCAUGGAAACAAAGCUGAAAUCCCAGAGUGGGCAGAUAAAAGAAGAAGACUUUGAACAAUCCAAAUCCCAAGCUAGUUUCAACAACAAGAAAUCUGGAGACCACUGCCAUACGAGCAUCAAGCAUGAGUCUUACCGGGGCAAUGCCAGCCCUGGAGCAGCAGCCCAUGACUCCAUCUCAGACUAUGGCCCACAAGACAGCAGACCCACACCAAUGCGGCGGGUCCCCGGCAGAGUUGGUGGUCGGGAGGGCAUGAGGGGUCGGUCCCCUUCUCAGUAUCAUGAUUUUUCAGAAAAAUUGAAGAUGUCUCCUGGGAGGAGCAGAGGCCCAGGGGGAGACCCUCAUCACAUGAACCCCCACAUGACCUUUUCAGAGAGGGCCAACAGGAGUUCUUUACACGCUCCCUUUUCUCCCAACUCAGAAAGCCUGGCCUCUGCUUAUCACACAAACACUCGUGCUCAUGCUUAUGGAGACCCCAGUGCAGGUUUGAAUUCUCAGCUCCAUUAUAAGAGACAGAUGUACCAACAGCAGCAAGAGGAAUAUAAAGACUGGGGCAGCAGCUCUGCUCAGGGAGUAAUCGCUGCGGCACAGCACAGGCAGGAGGGGCCGAGGAAGAGCCCGAGGCAGCAGCAGUUUCUUGACAGAGUCCGGAGCCCUCUAAAAAAUGACAAAGACGGUAUGAUGUAUGGCCCACCCAUGGGGACGUACCAUGACCCCAGUGGUCAGGAAGGUGGGCGCUGCCUCAUGUCUAGUGAUGGUCUGUCUAACAAAGGCAUUGAGUUGAAGCAUGGCUCCCAGAAGUUACAGCAAGAAUCUUGUUGGGAUCUUUCUCGGCAAACUUCUCCAGCCAAAAGCAGUGGUCCUCCAGGAAUGUCCAGUCAAAAAAGGUAUGGACCACCCCUGGAGACUGAUGGACAUGGACUAGCUGAGUCUACACAGUCAUCCAAACCUAGUAACGUUAUGCUAAGGCUUCCAGGUCAAGAGGAUCAUUCUUCUCAAAACCCCUUAAUCAUGAGAAGGCGUGUCCGUUCUUUUAUCUCUCCCAUCCCCAGUAAGAGACACUCACAAGAUGUGAAGAACAGUAACCCUGAAGAUAAAGGGCGCCUCCUUCACCCCUCAAAAGAAGGCGCUGAUAAAGCAUUCAACUCCUAUGCCCAUCUUUCUCACAGUCAGGAUAUCAAGUCUCUCCCCAAGAGGGAGUCCUCCAAGGACCUUCCAAGUCCCGACAGUAGGAACUGCCCUGCUGUCACUCUCACAAGUCCUGCUAAGACCAAAAUACUGCCCCCACGGAAAGGACGGGGAUUGAAACUGGAAGCUAUAGUUCAGAAGAUCACGUCCCCGAACAUCAGGAGGAGUGCAUCCUCAAACAGCGCGGAGGCUGGGGGAGACACGGUGACUCUCGAUGACAUACUGUCUUUGAAGAGUGGCCCUCCCGAAGGUGGAGGUGGUACUGUUCAGGAUGCUGAGAUGGAGAAGAGAAAAGGUGAGGUUGUAUCUGACCUGGUCUGUCCGAAAAACCAGGAGUUGAACGUGGAAAAGCCUCUUGCAAGGUCUUCAGAGGAGUGGCGUGGUAGUGGGGACGACAAAGUGAAGACCGAGACACACCCCGAUGCAAUCACGGGUGGAAAGGAAUCCUCUGGUGCCAUGACAUCGGCAACCUCACAGAAGCCUGGAAGUAACCAAGGGAGACCAGAUGGCUCCCUGGGUGGGGCAGCACCUUUAAUCUUUCCUGACUCAAAGAAUGUACCUCCAGCGGGCGUAUUGGUCUCUGAGGCAAAGGCAAACCCCAAGGCUGAAGAGAAGGAGAACGAUACAGUGACGAUUUCCCCCAAACAAGAGGGUUUCCCCCCGAAGGGAUAUUUUCCAUCAGGAAAGAAGAAGGGGAGACCCAUUGGUAGUGUGAAUAAGCAAAAGAAACAACAGCAGCCACCGCCUCCACCCCCUCAGCCCCCUCAGAUACCAGAAGGUUCCGCAGAUGGAGAGCCCAAGCCAAAAAAGCAGAGGCAAAGAAGAGAGAGAAGGAAGCCUGGGGCACAGCCAAGGAAGCGGAAAACCAAACAAGCAGUUCCCAUUGUAGAACCCCAAGAACCUGAGAUCAAGCUAAAGUACGCCACCCAGCCACUGGAUAAAACUGAUGCCAAGAACAAGUCUUUUUUCCCUUACAUCCAUGUAGUAAACAAGUGUGAACUUGGAGCCGUUUGUACAAUCAUCAAUGCAGAAGAAGAAGAACAGACCAAAUUGGUGAGGGGUCGGAAGGGUCCGAGGUCUCUGACCCCUCCACCCAGCAGCACUGAAAGCAAGGUGCUCCCAGCUUCGUCCUUUAUGCUGCAGGGACCUGUUGUGACAGAGUCUUCUGUUAUGGGGCACCUGGUUUGCUGUCUGUGUGGCAAAUGGGCCAGUUACCGGAACAUGGGCGACCUUUUUGGACCCUUUUAUCCCCAAGAUUAUGCAGCCACUCUCCCGAAGAAUCCGCCUCCUAAGAGAGCCAUGGAAAUGCAGAGCAAAGUGAAGGUACGGCACAAAAGCGCUUCGAAUGGCUCCAAGACGGACACUGAGGAGGAGGAAGAGCAGCAGCAGCAGCAGAAGGAGCAGAGGAGCCUGGCCGCCCACCCCAGGUUUAAGCGGCGACACCGCUCUGAAGACUGUGGAGGAGGCCCUCGAUCCCUGUCCAGGGGGCUCCCUUGUAAAAAAGCAACCACCGAGGGCAGCAGCGAAAAGACAGUUUUGGACUCAAAGCCCUCCGUGCCCACCACUUCAGAAGGCGGCCCUGAGCUGGAGUUACAAAUCCCUGAACUACCUCUUGACAGCAAUGAAUUUUGGGUCCACGAGGGUUGUAUUCUCUGGGCCAAUGGAAUCUACCUGGUCUGUGGCAGGCUCUAUGGCCUGCAGGAAGCGCUGGAAAUAGCCAGAGAGAUGAAAUGUUCCCACUGCCAGGAGGCAGGCGCCACCUUGGGCUGCUACAACAAAGGCUGCUCCUUCCGCUACCAUUACCCGUGUGCCAUCGACGCAGAUUGUUUGCUGCAUGAGGAGAACUUCUCGGUGAGGUGCCCCAAGCACAAGCCUCCCCUCCCAUGCCCUCUCCCCCCCUUGCAGAACAAGACAGCGAAAGGCAGCCUCAGCACAGAACAGUCGGAGCGGGGGUGAGGGGGCAGUGUGCUCGUGGGAAUGGAAAGGACAGCAAGCACAGGUGAGACUGUGGAGAUGAGAAGGUGGUGGACACUCAUGAUGGAAUGGAAAUCGUCCUACUGUGCAGCCACACCCCACCCCACCCAGCCCUACCCCGACGUGCCUGCCCAUGCCAGCACUUCCUCCUAAGUUCUUACAUCACACUCAAACUGGUGACACCACAGGAAAGAAAGACCCAAGAAGUUGGAAUGGCUGUUUCCAUGGACACAAUCUCCAUAGUGACAAUGUGGGGGGAGGGGGGAGGGGUGGGAUGAUGGGAAAGGGUGGGGGGAAUUAAAAGGGAGGGAUAAAAAUAUAUAUAUAUAAAUCUAUUUUUAGUCUGGAAAGACUUUGUUUAAAUGAAAGGUGCGCUAUCCCUUUUGAUUCUAUUUUAAAAUUAUCUAGUUAAAGAACUCCAAAUUGUUCCAAUAACAGUGAAAUUUAAAUGUGAAAUUGAACUGAAAAAAUUCUCAUCUCAUAAAGGAUGGGGGUGUGGCUUUGAUCUUUAGCUUGUCUCAUACCAAUUCGGAGAAUACUAGACCCAGAAUUGAAAGAGCAGACCAACCACACCAAAACCAUCCUUCUGUCAUUAAUUUGUCUCAAAGUGGGAAGGUUUGGGGCGGGGGAAGUGGGAACAGUCCAUGUUUUCAAGAGUGGGAGAAUGAUGUUUAAACAUAAAAAUAAAUGUUUUCAUUUCCAGAAACACUAUUUAUUUAUUUUUAAAUUUUUUAUCUUUUUUGGGGGGGGUGAAAUUGGCAGAUGCCCCAAGGUCACAGCUGUGUCCUGGGUCACUGUGGCCAGUGAGAACCCCGAAUGCCCCACCUAAGUGCACAAGGCAGGCAGGGUCAAGGGAUGGCCCCCAUCUGGGCACAUUCCAGGCAGCUGUGCAGGAAAUCUAAGGCUAGGAACUGAUGUGGAGGAGGGGCUGUGUUGGGUGUGAUCAGUGUGGGGUAAGCUGACCAGAGACACCCAGUAAACCCUUUUUUCUUUUGCUUUCAUUUUUAUAAAGGAAAAGGGGGCCUGUCAGUUGAGCAGCCCCAUGCUACAUGAUUCUUUAUGUUGUAUUGUUUUGUUUUGUAAAUUGUAUAAUUUUUAAAUAUCUGAGUUUUAAAAAAAGAAGAAAAAAGUACAAAAAAAUAUCUUGUUAAGGCCUUAAGAAGGGGUUAGUGCAUCUUUCAGGGGUCACUCUGCCGUGGGGAUAAAAUAGCUGUUUCACAGAACAGUUUUAUUUAAAAAAAAAAAAAAUCAAAAAAAAUAAACUUCAUUUUAACCUUG